CUUAUCCUUUCCCUGUCAUUCCUUUUUUUCCUUCCCGCACGCUUCCUUGUAUUGAAACCCUUCUCUCCCUUUCUCUAUCUCUUCAUCCCCCUCCCCCAAAAAUUAAACAUCAUCUCUGCUCACCAUUUCCCGCACCUUCAUUUCUCUUUCCGACCUCCCCUCCCCUUCCCGUACCCUUUUCCGACGCUGUCUUCGUCUUCAAUUCUCGCCUGGUCCAAGUCCUUGGCUCCCUCUUGCCAAGCUGACUCGGACCUAGGUACUUAGGCUCCCUUGUCCAUGCCACGUUCAUCGGCUACGGCUAGGAAGAGUCAUAGCAAUCGAAAUGAGAACGGUCUUGUCGGUCCCGGAAAGAAAGUGAACAAGCAGAAGUCGAAUGGAAAUCUGAAUGGGACCUCGGCCAGCACCUCGAAUCCGACUUCUGGCCCUUCCACCCAGGUCGACUGGCAACCGUCCCGCUCGUCCAGCGACUCGGCUCUAACCUCAACCGCCGCAACCACAAGCAAGGUGAACGGAAACACUGAUUCUUCCAAGGCGGAGGGUAACGGACGAGGUCAACUGAAUGGAUACGCAAAAGGCAGCGCGGACAUGUCAUAUGGUCAGACGAAUGGUGCGGCGCCGCAGAAUGGCGGACUCGCAGCCCAGGCGUCGCGUCGGACGGACAAGUCGGUGACCGGUACCAAAAGGUCGGCCUCCAGUGCUUCGAUUAACCCGCUCCAACUGGCCUCCACGAUUCUCAAGUCUUGCCCGAUGUACGACACGAUCGCGAUCUUGAUCUUUCUGCUGCAGCUUCCGCCUAUGGUUCUUACUCUGGUUCAAUUCUUGUUCGCUUCCUUGACCUUCAUGCCUCCUGGUGGCGCGUCUUCCGGCUCCCUCACCUCCAACUUCGACAUUUUUCAGGGUCCCGCCGGAACACCAUCGCUGGGUACAAUGAUUGCGAUGGAUGGGUUCUGCCUGUUGUUCUGGGGCCUCUUCAUGUGGACCUGGGCGCAGAAUUUUGCCCUAGAUCUCGCUCACGUGCAAGUCGCCAUCACCCUUGGCGGCGGAGGCUCUGGAAAAAAUGGAGGGGUCAAUGCGCUCUGUGUUGGCAUCGUCCUCGUAUUACAUCUUAUCCGCAGUAAAGGUAUACAGGAUUUUGUUAUAGGUCAUCUGCUCUCUUCCAAAAUCGUCAGUCCCGAUCUCCUCUCGCAGUAUUCCCACCUUAUGCCCACCGAAUUCCGACGCACCGAACCGCAAAGCUCUCCGAGCUGGAUGCGGAGUCUACUUGCGGUGCAUAUAUUGGCUCAAGCUGGUACUGCCAUGGCGAGACGGUCGAUGGCUAAGAACCGGUCUCCGGUUCCCCCUCGGAACGGCAAGCGCGUGGAUACCGAAGCAUCCGCCGGCUCGCAAACACAAAUCGAUUCUGCGUUCGAGUCCGGCGCAAGUGUCUCUUCCUAUAUCGGUGCCGAUGGUCAGAUUAUCACGCCCGCCACUCACAAGGACGGUCGCGAUAGACUGAUCUCGGCCAAGAAACGCAGGAGGCAGGCGAACCAGGUUCGGAAUCGUCAGCCUUUCUGGGCCGCACUCGCAAGCACGAAAGUGACGGUAAUGAGGGAAUAUGAGCAUUCUAGGGCUUUAUCGAAAACCGGCAGAGGUCUCGCAAUGACGGAAGAGGAUCUACAAGGAGUGUCUCUGGAUGAUGGGCUUGUUUGGAUAACCGAGAUUGAUAGCUCUACCAUCAAGUUUGCAGCGGGCGAUCUUGCUUCGCCCGAUGAUUCUUCAGUUUCCGGGGCUUGCGAAGCAGGACGUCUUGGAGGAGAAGAAACGGAACCAUUCUACGUCUGUGUUAAUGGUGCACUGUGGGCGACCGCAGUGAUCAACAAAGUACAGGAUUCGUCUAAGGGCUCACACACUGUGCAUUGGCGGGGUGAAAUUUCGGGUCUCGCGCCGAACUGCGCCUACACCUGCUCUUUCAUGCGGAGCGAUACUGACGAGGAAAUCUGUGUCAUGAGCGUCAAGACCCCCGCCGCAAAUGACGCAGAGCAAGUAUCUUCGGUAUCAGUUCCUCCGCAGCCAACUUAUCGUCCGUCUUCCCCGACUACCACACUCAAGAAUUCGAUCGUCAACGCCGAGGUCAAGCUGAAUGAGAAACGCUCUCGGCUGAGAAAGGCCAAAAAUGAUCACAAGCUCGCAAUCUCGAAGAUCCGGAAAGAGUUGGAAAACUUCAAUCACCGGCUUCAGAGCGGUACGGAUGAAAAUCGACAGAAGCAGCGCUCGCUACAGCUCGAAAGGAAUAUCAAGCAAACCGAGGAGGCCACCGCCGCACUCGAAAGCCAGCUGGACACCUUGCAGAACGUCCCGGAGGAGGAACUCGAGGAAUGGACAAACCAGAAGGCCAAAUUCGACCAAGAGUUGGAACAGCUCAAUCUGGCCAAGGAGGAACUCGUUGCUGCUCGAACUGCAAUCUCCCGUGAGGUGUCAUCUUUGGAAAGUGAAUUGAAUUCCACUGUGCAGAGGAAAGAACGCCUUCAGGGCCGCCGGACUCGCGUCAACGAACAGUACGAGCGCAUUGUCUCUGCUAACGCACAGGGUCUGAACGAGAGGGAGCGUCGUGCUGCGGAACAAUUUGCGAGGGAACAGGAUCAAGCCAAGCUGGAAGUCAGCUUUAACGAGCAAUUCUCCAGCAUCGGUCAGUCUGUGCAGGAGUACCAGUUGCGCACCAAUCAACUCUGGCAGCAAGCUGCCGCUAUUGAACAAGCCAUUCAGCAACAGCAACAGCAGCAGAUGCUCCUGGAUCCCGCUCCGCUCACUCCGGAAGGAAAUCUGCCCGGCACGAACCCUCUCACCGAUGCACCCAGUUUGUCCCUCGCCGCCUUGACUGCUGCUCCCACCACCCGAUCAAUCUUAGGACUGAGUUUCCCCGCGUUGAAAUCCAGCCCUCUUCAGCAGACUUCGUCCCCUGUCGGUGAUUCGCUGUCUCAUCCAGCCAGCCCGGUUCAGGCUCCGUCUUACCUUGCCCACUUCCCGACAUCUCCAAUCGGCCAUAGCGGUACCUACUUCGAUGCUGAUUUCGCUACGCGGGACCGCUCGUUCUCCAAUCGAUCUGCACGAAGCAGUCUGUAUGGGUCUGAUUUUGUGGACGCCCACAGCCGUCGACACCCUUAUCAGUUCGAUCUGUCGGAUUCGGUUGCUGACAAGCGGAGCAUCUCUGGCUCAGAUGGCAACGCUCAAAGUGCGGGUGUCCGACCCAUUGCUAGCCCGUUCCAGCGGGCCGGCAGCCGGGGCAGUGGCAGUGGAAGCGGCGGUAGUGGCAGUAGCGGCAGCGGCAGUGGUAGUCCCAGCUCGACUGGCAAGGGCAACUAGGAUUUUGAGAUGGAGUUUCUCGCUCUGGGGCACCUGACUCUCAAAACUCGUUGAAUUCCUUUCCGUGUUUGUUGAUCUUCAUACGUGAUGC